GGUCACAGGCCGGAUAACCGAACCCACCGAUCGCAAUUGGUCAUCCCAAGUCUCUAGAGGAUUAGCGACUCCACGCACUCGCACCAACUACUUCCCCCCGCGUCGAGAUCUCCUCGAGAUUGGCGACGCCGCUCACAUCCGAUUUCUUGCCCCACACCCGUCGAAGAAAAGCUGCCACCAUUCGGAAGAAGAACACCUCGAAUAUGACCCACAAUCUCGGUAUGGCGCCAUAUAGAUUGCCGGGUCCAGCGGGCGGGCUGUGUCCGCCCGACUUCAAGCCGCCGCCCCCGACGGACAUCAUCUCGGCGCCGAGCAAUCCGAAGAAGCGGCGGAAAACCUCGAAUGCCGCCAACUCGGCUGCCGCGGUGGCUGCUGCGGCGGCUGCUGCGGCCGCUGCUGCGAACUCCAUGCAGCAGCAGCAGCAGGCGCCUCCGACGCCGCAGGACCUGCUGCCGCCGCCGCCGAUGGGCGGCUUUGGAGACACCAUAAUUGCCUCGAAUCCGUUCGACGACAGCCCCCAGGUUUCGGCCAUGUCCAGCUCGGCGGCCGCGGCGAUGGCGGCCAUGGGACAGAUGGGCGGUGGGCCACCAGGAGGUGGUCACUUCGGUGGUGGACCGGGCGGCCAUCCGCACUGGGAUCCGCCACCGCCUCACAUGCAUCCCCACAUGCACCCGCAUCCGCAUCAUCCGGGCGGCCCCAUGGGUGUCCAUGGUCCGCAUCCCCACAUGGGCGGUCCGCCGCCGAUGCGCGGGAUGAGCCCCAUGCAUCCCCACCCACAGAUGGGACCGGGAGUGGGUCUGCCGCCCCACAUGAACCACGGCAGGCCAGGAGGACCCGGCGGACCCGGAGGACCCGUGCCCAUGGGCAGCCCCAUGGGCGGAAUGGCCGGCAUGGGCGGCAUGAGCCCCAUGGGCGGCAUGGGCGGCCCCAGCAUAUCGCCCCACCACAUGGGCAUGGGCGGCCUCUCGCCCAUGGGCGGCGGACCCAACGGACCCAAUCCCCGGGCCAUGCAGGGCUCUCCGAUGGGCGCUCCCGGGCAGAACUCGCCGAUGAACUCGCUGCCCAUGGGCUCGCCGAUGGGCAAUCCGAUUGGCAGCCCACUGGGACCGCCAGGAGGACCUGGAAAUAAUCCCGGCAAUCCCCAACAGCAACAGCAACCUCCGCAGCCACCGAUGAACAACGGGCAGAUGGGUCCGCCGCCUCUGCACAGUCCGCUGGGCAAUGGACCCACCGGCCACGGCAGCCACAUGCCCGGAGGACCUAUUCCAGGACCAGGACCUGGUCCCGGUGGCAUCUCCCCCGCGCAGGGCAACAAUCCCGGCAGGGGAAACAACAAUGGAAGCAAUAACGCCAGCAACAACAAUCAAAAUCCUCACCUUUCGCCGGCCGCCGGACGCCUGGGAGUCGCGAACGGCCCCGCGGUGGCCUCCUCCUCCUCCUCGGUACCCUCGCCCGCCACGCCCACGCUCACGCCCACUUCGACAGCCACGUCAGUGCCUACAUCCUCGCCAGCGCCGCCCGCCAUGUCACCGCACCACUCGCUGAAUAGCGCCGGUCCGAGUCCCAGUCCGCUGCAGUCGCCCGCCGGGCCAAAUGGUCCGAAUAACCCAAACAACAGCAGCAAUAACAACAACAACGGACCCAUGAUGGGCCAGAUGAACCCCAAUGCAGUUCCUAUGCAGCACCAGCAGCCGCAGCAGCAGCAGCACAUGGGCAUGAACCAGAUGCUGCCGCCGCAGCAGCCCUCGCAUCUUGGCGCCCCGCAUCCGAACAUGAUGAAUCACCCCCACGGGCAUCCCCAUCCGCAUCACCACCCGGGAGGACCACCUCCCCACAUGAUGGGCGGUCCGGGGAUGCACGGAGGACCUGGGGGAAUGCCGCCGCACAUGGGCGGUGGACCCAAUCCGCACAUGAUGGGCGGACCGCAUGGCAAUGCGGGUCCCCACAUGGGCCACGGCCACAUGGGCGGAGUGCCGGGACCAGGACCCGGACCAGGCGGCAUGAACGGACCCCCGCACCCGCACAUGUCCCCGCACCACGGUCACCCGCAUCAUCAUCCAAUGGGAGGACCUGGACCAAAUAUGUUUGGAGGCGGCGGCGGAGGAGGAGGCCCCAUGGGACCUGGUGGACCCAUGGGCAACAUGGGACCCAUGGGCGGUGGACCGAUGGGCGGACCCAUGGGCCCCAAACCGAUGACCAUGGGCGGCGGCAAGAUGUAUCCUCCGGGGCAGCCGAUGGUCUUCAAUCCGCAGAAUCCCAAUGCGCCGCCCAUCUAUCCGUGUGGAAUGUGCCACAAGGAGGUGAACGACAACGACGAGGCCGUGUUCUGUGAAUCCGGUUGUAACUUCUUCUUUCACAGAACCUGCGUGGGCCUCACAGAGGCCGCCUUCCAAAUGCUCAACAAGGAGGUGUUUGCCGAGUGGUGCUGCGACAAGUGCGUGUCUUCCAAGCAUAUUCCCAUGGUCAAGUUCAAGUGUUGAAGGGGAAUAGGAAUUGGAAUCGGAAUAGGAAUCGGAACAGAAUCACCAGCUAGCACUCACUCACUGUAUAAAAUAUUCAAGCAUUAACUCUAUCUAAUUGUAAGACUUAAGCUGCUCAAUAGUCAAGACCCAGAUCCUGCGACCCACCCGGAAAUAGGAACCCCCGAACCGAACCACUAAAGUGCCGGAGCAGUGUUGUGACUUUCAGCUCCGGGCUAUCCUGACAUCCU